AUGCCUCCCGAACAGUCUCACGAAUCUUCCACAGAGGGUCGCGACCGCCGUCCCUACGGUGCUGAGAGUGAAAACGCAGUCGCGAUCUCUGAUACCAUGCAGCCGUCCACCGAUGAUUUAAAGACCACCAAGAUCAAGACUGAGGACAAUAGCCAGGAGUAUGUCAGCGGAGUCAAAGUCGGUCUGAUCGUCGUCUCGGUCUCCCUGGCUUGCUUCCUGACAGUGAUGGAUAUUUCUGUCAUCAGUAUUAUCACCGAGGACUUCAAAUCCCUAGUUGACGUUGGCUGGUAUGGCAGUGCGUAUAAUCUGGGCAGUGCCGCUCUUGUGCCUCUGACAGGCAAGAUGUACAAUCACUUCAAACUCAAGUGGAUCUUUCUUGUGCUUUUCCUUGCCUUCGAACUCGGCUCUGUAUUUUGCGCAGCAGCACAGACGUCGGCAAUGUUCAUAAUCGGACGAACCAUCGCAGAAUUGGGUGCUUCUGGUAUCAUCAACGGAUCAUUCACGAUCACCUCCGCUUCGGUUCCCCUAGAGAAGCGACUCCCUUUCAUUGGGGCGUGCAUGGGAAUUUCCCAACUUGGCCAGGUGAUAGGACCUCUCAUUGGUGGUGCUUUCACAACGGGCUACACUUGGAGAUGGAGCUUUUACAUCAAUCUUCCCCUUGGAGCCAUCGUCGCCAUUCCGUUGGUCAUCAUCCACAUUCCUGAACAGGUUGCAAAGCAGAACCCACUCCACGUCCUCAAAGGCCUCCACCGUUUCCUCGACCUUAUCGGCUUCGCCUUAUUCGCUCCAUCAUUCAUCAUGCUCCUUCUCGCCUUGCAAUAUGGGGGAAACCAGUUUCCGUGGAAAUCGUCUCAAGUCAUUGGUCUUUUCUGUGGCGCGAGCGUCAACGCCGUUGUCUGGGCUUUCUGGAACCGUCACAAGGAAAAUGAAGGCCUUAUUCCGACAUCUAUGGUUAAGAGACGCAUUGUCGCUAUCAGCUCACUCAACUAUGGACUUUUCAUGGCCGUGGUGUUUGGUAGCGUGUUUUACCUUCCGAUCUACUUUCAAGCCAUCAAGGAGAAGAGCGCUAUGCUCAGUGGCGUUUAUCUCAUGCCGAACAUCCUACCACAAAUACUCACGACAAUCUUGACUGGUGUUCUGGUCCCAAAGGUCGGCCGGAUCCCGCCAUUCGCUCUAUUUGCGGCGGCUACAACAGCAAUUGGCAGCGGCCUUUACGGGACCUUUCAGCCGAACACUUCGACAGGGAAAUGGAUUGGAUACCAGAUCCUGGCCGGAGUCGGACAAGGCUUUGGCUUUCAAAUGCCGCUGAUUGCCAUUCAAAACGACACCAAGCCUGAGCAUCUCGCCGAAGCAACAUCCCUCCUCGUCUGGGCGCAGUACGUUGGCCCGACGAUCUUCAUCGUAGCUUACAACACUCUCUUUACAUCCAGUCUGCGCUCGGAGAUUCCCAAGCACGCAUCCAAUGCGGAUGUAGAGGCUAUUGUUGCGGCUGGAGCUACGGAGUUCCGCAAGCUGGUGUCUGCUGAAGAUCUCCCAGCCGUCCUGGUGGCGUAUGCAAAUGCCAUUGAUCAUGUGUUUUUCUUGGUUGCGGCAGUCGGUGUCUUUGCCUUUCUGGCUGCCUUCGGUAUGGGUUGGAGAGAUAUCAGGCAGAAACCGACUGCACCAGGGACGAGCAGUGAUCACGGAUCUUCUAGUCCUGCUCAAGCUUGA